AUGGGCUUACUCUGUAGCAGAAGUCGACAUCAUACAGAAGAUACUGAUGUGAAUGCACAGGCUGUUGAAAUCGAACGACGGAUAGAGCAAGAGGCAAAAGCUGAAAAGCAUAUUCGGAAGCUUCUGUUACUUGUUCGAGAGGAAAACCAGCAGCUUAACUGGUUUAAGAACAAGGUCACGAAGCAGAACAAGCACGCCAAGGUGCUUGAGGAAUCUCUGGGGAUCUUGAGCGAGAAGCUGCGCAAAACUGCAGAGGAUAAUCGUAUUGUGAGACAGACAACUAAGAUGCAGCAUGAACAGAACCGAGAGAGAGCUGAGGAGCUUUCAAGCUUCAUAGUCUUUCAGGAGAAAGACAUGGAGGAGUUUGUGGAGGAGAGGGAGAAGCUCAUCAAAGAGCAAGAGAAGAAGAUGGCAUAUAUGAAUAGAGGCAUCACGAGGCGAUGCUUGAUCUGGAGAGAGACUUUGACACACAACGUCCUGGUUUUUAUAAAGCGUAUGUGCUGUCCAAUUUUCAGGUGUCUGUCGGAGCUAUUUUUGAACAUCUUUCGAAACUAG